UUUAGACAAAACACCUUCAAUAUCUAACUUAAUUCUUUUAAAAUUUAGUACAGUGUUCGUUCGGAACUCACUUUUUCAUAUUCCACUUAAAAAAUGGUCGAAUUGUAGUUUUUCUUUUUAAAUUCUUAGAACCGGUCCACCAAGCAAACAAGGCAGAAAGUAUAAUGGGAGAGAAGCUUGAACUGAAGCUCAAGUCGCCGGUCGGAGCCGAAGCUGCGGGCUAUCCGUGGCCGCUACCGGUAUAUGAUAAACAUCAUGAUGCUGCACAUGAAAUUAUUGAAACCAUACGUUGGGUUUGUGAGGAGAUCCCUGAUCUUAAACUGGCCAUGGAAAACUACGUGCUCAUUGACUAUGACACGAAAAGUUUCGAGAGUAUGCAGCGACUGUGUGACAAGUACAACAGAGCUAUUGACAGCAUUCACCAGCUGUGGAAAGGCACAACUCAACCGAUGAAGCUGAAUAAAAGGCCUUCAAAUGGCCUGCUCCGGCACAUCCUGCAGCAGGUCUACAAUCACUCUGUAACCGACCCGGAGAAGUUAAACAACUACGAGCCCUUUUCUCCAGAGGUGUACGGUGAGACGUCGUUCGACCUGGUGGCUCAGAUCAUAGAUGAGAUCGAGAUGAUGGAGGAUGACACAUUUGUGGACCUGGGCAGCGGCGUUGGUCAGGUGGUCCUGCAGGUUGCUGCAGCUACUAACUGUAAGCACUACUAUGGUGUAGAGAAGGCCGAGACUCCAGCCACGUAUGCAGAGGCGAUGGACAGGGAAUUCAAGAGGUGGAUGAAGUGGUAUGGGAAAAAGCAUGGCGAGUAUACACUGGAGAGAGGAGAUUUUCUGUCAGAAGACUGGCGAGAAAGGAUAGCAAACACAAGUGUUAUUUUUGUGAAUAACUUUGCCUUUGGUCCAGAGGUGGAUCACCAGCUGAAGGAACGUUUCGCCAACAUGAAGGAAGGUGGAAAAAUUGUAUCCUCAAAACCUUUUGCACCUCUCAAUUUUAGAAUCAACAGUCGAAACUUGAGUGAUAUUGGCACAAUAAUGCGCGUGGUUGAACUUUCUCCACUGAGAGGCUCGGUAUCUUGGACCGGGAAGCCAGUUUCCUACUAUCUCCAUACAAUAGACCGUACUAUACUUGAAAACUAUUUUUCUAGUCUUAAAAAUCCUAAACUCAGGGAGGAGCAGGAAGCAGUGAAACGACGUCAACAGAAGGAGACUAAGGACAGUAAAAGCAGCAGCACCACCCCAACCAAGCCAAAGGAGCUGAAGGAGUCAGGUGGUGAGGAGGAGAUCUCAGGCGCACUGGUACCUGUGAAGUCGUCGCCUAAACCUCGUCGUGCCAAGCUACUGGCUAAGGGCCGUAAGCUGGGCAACAGGAAACGCGGACGUCCCAAGAAGUCGAUCAUGGCAGCAGCCACGGAACACAAGAACAAGAAGAGUCAGAGCGCCCUGGACCUGCUUCAUGCCAAGACUGUCUCAGCAGCGCCUCCUCAGGAUGCAUACAAAUCGCCUCAAAGCCCCUACUACCGGCUACCUCCUAAAGUUCAACAUUACACAGCUGGCCAGCUGAUGCUCGGCUCCAUGCCUGCAGGCCUGCAGACUCUACUGGAUAAUUUCAAAGUCCAAUACAUGCAGUUCUUGACCUAUAUGAAGACACCACAGUACCAGACAAACCUACAGCAAGCUCUGGAGCAAGAGAAGAUUAGAAACAAUGAAUUGUCGGGUCAAGCCAAGCGACUGAUGGAAGCCUGUAAUGUUCACAAAGAGAGGAUCAGGGAGCUUUUUCAGGCCAAACUGGAGGAGUUGGGAGUAAAAGCAGUGAGUGUAGAGGAGCUGAUUCAGGCUCAGAAUGAGAUCAUGGCCCAUAAUAUGCAGCUGAACGAGCAGACCAAGCAGCUGGAGAGAGACAUGGCUGAGCUUAAAGACCAGAGCCUGCUACUGCUCAAGGCUCGCUGUGAGGAACUCAAACUGGACUGGGGGACUCUGUGUCUUGAGACGCUGUUGAAGGAAAAGGCUGCUCUGCGUAGACAGAUCUCUGAGAAGCAGCGCCACUGCCUCGAACUUCAGAUUAGCAUUGUGGAGCUGGAGAAAAGCCAAAGACAGCAGGAGCUACUACAGCUCAAGUCCUCCUACAGCCCAUGUAAAGACUCGCCAUACCGCAAGAGCAUCCCAAGUCUAGAGCCGCGCCCCCCACUAGACACUACCAAUCCCAAACUGGCUGAACUGAACGGCCUCAGCCCUGAGUUGUCUAUUAAUGGCACAGCGUCUCCUAGCUACGAACGCAGCGGCUGCUUUAAUGGCAAAAAUGAGCUUCUCUCCCACUACCUGCCCAUCUCUCCCGAGCAUGAGAUCGUGCCCCCCACUCCAGAGCCUCGGGGCAGACCUUUAGGGCAGCCCCUGCCCGACUAUACCCGCUUCUCUCCAGCCAAGAUUGCCCUGCGAAGGCACCUCAACCAGGACUCCUCUAUGGGUCAGGCCAGAGCACUCGGCGCCAUCCACAGGGGUGACGUUGGAGUCGUAUCUUCCCCAACCUUGAAGCACGGCUGCUCCUCACCAAGUGCAGCUGAAAAUCAACAAGCAAAUACACUCAAGAGCGCAGAGAGGGUAAAUAAAGAAAAGAGCACAGCUGGACCCGGCGACAAUAUCACCAGUCUCCCUAUCAGCAUCCCACUUAGCACUGUACACCCCAGCAAACUUCCUGUCAGCAUCCCAUUGGCCAGUGUGGUGCUGCCCAGUCGUGCUGAGAGACUGAGGAAUACUCCAAGUCCAAUGUCCAGUAGGGAGCAACCAUCAGGGCAAAGCAGCAACAGCAAGCAACCUCUGACCCCAAACUCGGGCUUGGUGAACGGCUUCCAUUCUGCUUUGCUUUGCGAUCAAGACUGCAACUCCAUGUCUCCUCCACCCCACAGCAACCUUCUGCUGGGUCUCCAGUCACGUGGGUCUGGCUCGAGCCCUCUGCUGAGCACCGGAGGAGUGCUGCAGUAUGCCGACAGGCCGCCCCGUCUUCCCGACGACGGACACCAGCAUCACGGCCUCGAAUCUGAUCUCGAGACUCCAGACAGUGAGGCUCGCCGUCACAUGUUCUUUUCAUCCUCCUCCUCUUCGUCCUCAUCCUCCUCCUCUGCCGGAGGCUCCCGCCUGCAUCACGGAUCAGCCAAGCAGGGAAAGCACCACAGCGGUCACCAUCACCACCACCAUCACUCACCAGGCUCUCAUGGGUCAGAGGGACGCAAGAGAGGCCGCCGAAAGCGCAGCUCGUCUGGCCUCAUUCCAGCAAGCGGUUCCCCUAAAAAGCGCUCGUUCCCUGGGAUUAACUACUCCUCUGGUUCUCCGCUUAAUAUAAACACCAUGGUAAACAACAUUAAUCAGCCCCUAGAGAUCUCAGCCAUAUCUUCUCCAGAGCAGACCGGCGGCAGCCCAUGUGAGACGGACCUAGACCAGCCACCAAUCCUUAAGAGAGAACGUCCUCUGGAGAUCAAUGGCUCCAAUCGAGACUUAUCCAACCCUAGCUCAGAGGAUGAGGAAACUGGAUAUCCAGCAGACAGUAGCUCGUUACGAAUUGAAAGGAAAAUAGCAACCAUUUCUCUGGACGGCCGAGACGGUGAGAGGGGUUCCCAGGGCCGUAAAUCCGGGGCCAGUAGUGUGAGCAGCGACAUCUCCUCCUCUUCCAGCAAAUGGAAGUCCACCUUCUCACCCAUCUCCGACCCCAAGCCCACUCCUCCAGACCUCCGCCAGAGCAGCUCCCCUUUCUGUGGAGGAAUUUCUUGUGACUCAGACUCCGAGCAGAAGCAGCAAAAACGGGCCGAUCGAGAGCGCAGCGAGCAGUACGGGGGGAACCCUAAAGCCUUCCUAGGUCUGGACAAAGCACGGGAAUCGUUUCCUAAGCAAAAGGCACGGGAGUGGGAGCUAAAGGCCAUCAGCAGUCUGACCAGCCAGAACCUCUUCAUCUCCGCCGCAGCUGGUGGAGGCCUCCUGUGUGGAAAAGCUGGUCGAGCCACAGCCGUUUCUUCAGCAUCUUCUGUGGGACAGUACUUCCCUCUGGGCGGAACCUCUGUCCUACAGUCCUUAUUUGGGGCGCAGACUCCUAACUCGACCACCAGCGGACCUCCACGUUUGGUUAAUGGUCACUCCGUGCUGGGCAGCUUUUCUAGUGCUGGAUUGGCAGGGGGCGCUGCAGGAGGGAUUUUUCACCACAUGACGCCAUCAGUGUCCUCUCAACAGUCUGCGCCCCCCAGUUCCCAGCACAGCCACUCUUCCUCGCAGCAGAGGAAUCUGGACUCCAAAGCCGGGGCCUUGUUCUUGGCCCAAUAUGGCCGCACGCAGACUGUCCUGCACACCCCUUCCCCUCCUGUGCUUCCCCUGCCUCCCCCUCCUCCCCUUCUUAACAAUUCCUCAUCCUCAGCCCCUUUCCAGCCUUCCCCACCACGCUCGGAGAGGAAGCAGUCCGUUUCCCUCCAAACGCUACACGUGUCCCCUGCCUCCUCUUCAUCGCCCUCUCCCGUUCCCGCCACUUGCAUCACAACCACUCCCGCUGCCUCCUCUUUGUCGCGGCCCUUUACACUGCCCUAUCUGCCCUCUUCGAGCAGCAGCAGCACCAGCGGUGGUGGUGGUGGUGGUGGAGGCAGCAGCAGUGGGUUGGUGAGCUCCUGGAGGACUCUGGGUAUGCAGGUGCCCUACACUGCUCGGCCCAGGUAAUGGCCCUGUGAGCAGAAUUGGGAAUUGGGGGAGGGAGAUCUGAACUUUGGGGUCAUUAAUAUUUAGGAGCUGCUGUACGGUACCUGCCAAGCUUGUGCCUCAGUCUGAACAAGGUAACUGAAGCAAUCUACCUCAACCCAACGCAACCUAUGCAAUGGACUGGUGUAGACCAAUGGGCUCUUCCUCACUGGUGCUCUGACGUUAGCUGAAGCCACCCAAAGGUGUCCGAACUUGGCAGCAGUGCAUCCGAGUACACACACAAAACACAUGCUUGUAUACACACACACACACACACACACACACACACACACAGGUCAGGACCACUCGUCACCUUGUGUUCUUGUCUGGUUAAAGUUGUAAAAAAGAGGCACUGAACACGCUGUCAUUCAUUAAUUGUGUAUUUAAAACAAUGCCUUAGAGGAAUGUCAAUUCUAAACAUCGUCAUUUUUGUGUAGAAUUUGGGCUUUGUUUAAAAAAAAAAAAAAAAAUGUAUUUUUAUUAUUAUAUUUGAAGUCCAUGAAAAAAAAACGAGGCAUCAGGUGAGCGAUAAUCGAAACUACCGAAUAUUUGCUCGAUGCUGAAGCUCAGCACUGUGUUCGCCUUUAACGUUGCCUGGAACAUUCUGGCACCUUCUUUAAAGGUAAAUGUGGGAAUAUAGACUUGAAAAUGAUCAUGGAAAUGUGAUGAUAAAAAAAAGAAAUUACACUUCUGUAAAAGCAUCAUGAAUUGA